AUGUUCAUGGCUCCAGAAAUUUUCUCACAAGACAGCGAUAACCCUAUUUGUGCCGAUGUUUGGACUAUUGGCGUCACAUUGUAUUUCAUGGCAACAAGAACUUUUCCAUUUUAUUCUUCUGAUCAACUCAGCCUUCAAAGAAUGAUCGAAGCAGGUAUAUAUGCUGAAGAUGAGAUUCAUAAUUUAAUGCUCAGAAAGGUAAUUUCCAGAUGUCUAGAGGUAAAUAUUCACAAACGUGCAACAAUUGCUGAGUUGCUUGAGAUGCCAUACUUCAAGCAGUUCAAGCCAGAUAGUAUCCCUGUUUCUAAUAGCCAAAUGAAGGCUUCAACACUUAUUAUUAAACCAAGAAUCAAAGAAAAUUCACUUGCCAACAAAUCUCAGUUAGGAUUCCAUAGAGGAAGCUCCAGAAUUCACUUUGCUCCCAUUCAAGCUGUUGGCUCAAUUUAA